CAACUUUGGCUGUACAUUAGAAAUACUCUUUGCUCAAGAAUAUUUACAGAAAAAUUUAAGAAUUUUGCAAUGGCGGCGCUUAUUUAGCGAUGAUCUAUUUGAUUUUAUAGUCGUUUAGCGAGAUCUAAGUUGUAUUAUCGGUGUAUUUCCAUUGUAAAGCGGCGAGAACCAUCAAAACAUUGAUUGUUGCCAUCAAACUGUCCACUUGAGCCAUGUCAGAAGAAGAAGGCAUUUCAGUUGACUCGGCAGACGCUCAGCUACUGACUGCCGAGUAUAAAGAUGGACAACUACAAAUUGUGCAAGUAACUCCAUUUGAGAGAGAUAAGGAUGUGGAAUCCAUUCUGCCAGACUCGAUAUCCGACUCGGGGGACGGGAGCCACUGUGUCAACAAGUUCAUGCAGGUGUUGGAUCCUAAUAAGGGCCUCGUCCAACUAGACCUACUCAAUUUGACUCUUGUCAGAUGCGAUGACGGCGAGGAGUCUUACCGUCUGGUGUCCAACACGGAUUCCGAUGGCGGCGACUUGUCCACAGACGGCACUGUGACUUGUGUACUGCAGUCUAGCGAUGUUGAAGAGCACGACAGCCAGGAGUAUGUGAUGAUGGACGGCGACCAGGGUCCGCUGGUGUUCCUGCAGUCAUCACCAUCGUCAUCAACAUCUUCAGACCCCAACCCUAAACCUGCGCCUGCGCCGCCGCCGCAGAAGACAUCCGAGAAGCAAAUAUCGUCUAUUGAGUUAUUGGAAAGGGUGAAGGUAUUACAGAAAGCCAAGUCGGCGGCGUGGACGGCGAACGUGCGGCCCGGCCGGCGGGGCCGGCGUCGCGCCGGCGAGCUGCCGCCGCCACACGAGCUGCUGGCCUCGCCCAACUUCAAGCUGUACCUGUACUCCUGCAAGCUAUGCAUGUUCAAGUGCAACGCCAUCAAGGAGCUGCAAGCGCAUCGGCACUGUAUGUGGCAGGCGGCGUCGCACGGGGGCGCCGGCAAGUACCGCGGCGGAGGCGCGCGCGCCCUCGUGACGCACCAGUGCGCCAGGUGCCCCUUCCGCGGCGCCUCGCACGUGCAGCUAAUGAAGCACAUACAGUCGAGACAUCUCGGCGAUGGGGACACUAUCACCAGCACAACUACAAGCAGUAAGAUAAGUUUAAAUUCGAAAGAAGUAGAAGAAGCAGAUGUCCUGGUGUGCGGCGCAUGCGGGUACGAGUCCUCGGUCAGGGCAGACUUCAUCAAACACAUCGAGGACGAGCACGGGGCCACUACUGUGUGAGUUGCUGAUUUGACGCCCUUGGAGAGCAACAUGGAGGAUAGAGUAGUCGUACGCAAGCGUUGCCUUCAGCUAGUGUUUUCACAUCUGUGCAAUCCAAAAAUAGUUUAUAUUCUUACAACUGGGGUGUUAAAAAGGCCACAUCGUAGCAAUUCAUCUAAAAAAAAGCAAUGUUGCAAUUCGACAUUUGCGCAUAUAAAAGUAAGUGUGCGCAAUGCAAACAAAUGUCAAAUGGCAUUAUUGCUUUUUUAGAUGAAUUGCUUUGAUGUGGCUUUUUUAAUGCCCCAGCGGGCCUAGCACCGCAAGCACGCGACUCUUUCUCGCCGCGACAGCGAUCGUCUGUCUCUUUCUGUGCAGUACUGUGAGAGAGUGACGGGUGACGUAUGUCGAGGCGAGAAAGAGUCGCGCGCUUACGGUGCUAUGCCCUUAGAUCUUGAUACCGGGCGGUAGAUUACCCGUUUGUAGAUAUGUCGUGGGCCGAUCGAGAUCUGCCUGGGUACAGUCAUGAGCAAUAUAAUGUACCCACUUUGGGACUCUGUCGCACUAACAUAUUUGACAUUUAGAGAGACUUUCAGUUCAAUUUGUCGAAAAAGUUAAUGUGACAUGGUACCAAAGUGUAUACAUAUUAAUGCUCGUGACUGCAUUUAGACGUGAGCCGAUCGCAAAACUGGGCUGACCGAGAUUGCCGAUUGAUUUAUCACGAAAUGCCGGCACACCAUGUUGGGCCCAGGGAGAUGUCGAUCGGCCCAGUUAUAUUAUCCUUGGAAUUACAAGGUUAAACGAAGAUACUGUACGGUCACGAGCAUUAAUAUGUAUACACUUUGGUACCGUGUCACAUUAACUUUUUUGACAAAUUGAACUGUAAGUCUCACUAAAUGUCAAAUAUGUUAAUGCGACAGAGUCCUAAAGCGGGUACAUUAUAUUGCUCACGAAUGUACUCUUCUCCAGUCUCCGGAAGGGUCGUCUUUCUCUGAGUGGCGUAUGCAUAGCACAAUCAUGUUGGAAAAUGGUGCCUAUUUUGGCACCCACCAACUUAAACAAAUUUUAAUUUAACAGCUUGUUUUCGGAGGUAUGUGACCUAACCUGUAUUGGGCUGGUUUUUCGAGCUGGAAGGUCAAACAGGCAGUCGCUUGUGAAAAAACCGGACCUGUCAAAUCUUCAGGUUAGGUCACCCUGUGAAAACGGAAUAAUGCUGGAGAGAUAGAUCUUGAACUAGUGCCGUCCUGCACUAACAAUAAAUGAAAGAAAGAGAUGGAGCUAGUUUUACUGCUGUCGAAUUAAGUUGGUGGUUGCCCGAAUUGGCACUGAUAAAUAAAUUGUUACACGCGAAGUGAUAUCAGUUAUUGUAAGAUUAUUUUUAAGUUCGUCAAUAAACCUACUUUUAUUAUUUA